AUGACACUGGAGCGCAAAUGCUACCUCCCACUUUCCUGGGAUUCAGAGGGAGGAGCUGGGGCUUCCUCCUGGAGACCCCCUUACGCUGUCCCUCUUCUUGCAGAGUCCCCCAACACAUCAGGUGCAGGAGCCACCGGUGGCAUCAUCGGGGGCAUCAUCGCUGCCAUCAUUGCUACCGCUGUGGUUGCCACAGGCAUCCUCAUCUGCCGGCAGCAGCGGAAGGAACAGAGGCUGCAGGUGGCAGAGGAGGAAGACGACCUGGAGGGGCCUCCGUCAUACAAGCCACCAACCCCAAAGACAAAGCUGGAGGAGCCAGAGAUGCCCUCCCAGCUCUUCACUCUUGGGGCCUCAGAGCACAGCCCACUCAAGACCCCCUAUUUUGAUGCUGGCGUCUCAUGUGCUGAGCAGGUAGGAUCUCGGGAAAUGCCUCGGUACCAUGAACUGCCCACCUUGGAAGAGCGGUCGGGGCCUCUGCUCCUGGGGGCCAUGAGUCUGGGGUCCCCCAUCCUCGUGCCUCCAGGGCCGCCUGUUGUGGAGCGGGUGCCCCUGGAUCUGGAGGACAUGGAUGACGAUGAGGAAGACUACCUGGACAAGAUCAACCCCAUCUACGACGCCCUCUCCUACGCUAGUCCCUCUGAUUCCUACCCAGGCAAAGGCUUUGUCAUGUCCCGGGCCAUGUAUGUGUGAGCCGCCAUGGCCCUGGCUCUUACCUCUCUUUUUGAUCCCUCAAGUCGCUGCCAGGAAUCUUGUGCCGCUUGACGUCUGGCCAGGCCACUGUCAGUGAACACACGCAUCUCAUCUGUCACUUUGACGUUGGUGGAUCCAUUGUGACCUCUAGCCCAUUAUCUCUGACCUAGAGAAACCGGCCGUGACAAUGGAAACCUGGCAACCUUAUCUCAUGAGUUGAGGGAGGGGAAAUAUGUUUCUGCAGAAUCCGACCCAAGGACUCCUAAAACUGAUCUUAGUUCACGCCUCACAUUCUGCAAUCUCCUCCCAAAUUCCAAAGAAGACCCCAGGCCUCUGAUGUGUCCUUACGUAGUCAACUCCCAAUAGCUCUGCUGGGUUGGAUGUUGGGGGGCAGGCACCUUGCUGCUCAGACCUGAGCCCUCCAGGCAGCAGAGCCCCACGUGCCCCCUCCCCACCCUGUCUGUUCCCCCAUGGUGGGAAGGAGGGGAGUCCCCAGCCCAAGGCAUAGCUUCCCCAUCUCCCUCCUCCUGCAGGCAGGAGUCACAGGGUCCGGAUCCUUCCCUGAGUCCCCACUUGCCCAAAUCCUGUCUUCAGGGAAUUAAGCCCAGUCAAGGACUAGAUAGGGUGAGUGUCAUGCAGAGUGUGCCUUGCUGACCCCAGCCUUGAGAGAAGAAUUUGUGUGUUACUUUGAAGACUACUAAGUCCUUUUACUGCUGCCCAGUGAAAUGGGACCCAAAUAUCUCCCUGGGGGGGAGGGGCGGGGGAGGAGAUGGUCACCUGGAUUGGGGUAAGGGAUCUGAUAUUGUUUUGUAAAUAGGGCAUUUCCUACCAAUAUGAAUUUGUACUUUGA